AUGCGUUAUCUUACUGAAUAUAAAACACCAAAAUUUGUAUUAAUACACAGCGUACGAUAUGCUGUUUUACUUCGUAUUAUUCAAGUAGUUAUAUUCACAUAUUCUACAUUAUAUUUACUUAUAUACCGAAAAGGUUAUCAAAUACAUGAUACCACAGUGAUAUCAUCAGUCACACUUAAAGCCAAAGGUAUCGGUCAAGUUGGAAUGCCACCAAAUAAGACUAUUAUUAUGGAUGUCGCAGAUUAUGUUAUUCCACCAUCGGAAAACGAUGCUAUAUUCAUCAUGUCCAAUUUUAUUCAAACUAAUCAAAAACAAUCGAUAUGUCCUGAAAGUAUAAGAUUAAAACAAGCAAUAUGUAUAAAUGACGAUAUGUGUUCAAAUCAACCAUUUAUACCGGCCAUGAAUGGACGGUGGACAGGUCGAUGUUUAUUUACACCAGAGAAAAAUAUUGUCAAUCAGACAGGAGCUGCCAUAAAAAGUUCAACGGGUUUAUGUGAAUAUGCAGGUUGGUGUCCACCUGAAGAUGGUGACUCAUCGUCAAUGUAUGUUCAAGGCGUUCCUAAAUUUACAAUAUUUAUAAAAACUUUUAUUGAAUUUCCCUUAUUUGGAAUUAAAACCAAAAACAUGGUUGAUAAUUUGAAGCCAUGCGUUUUUGAUUCAGUUUAUAAUAAAGAUUGUCCAAUAUUUACUAUUGAUUAUAUGUUAAAAGAAGCUGAAUAUGACAUUACUGAACGUGAUUUAAUGUUACGUUAUGGUGGUGUUAUAAAUAUUAAACUUCAUUGGAACUGUAAUUUGGAUCGAAAUGUAAAAUUAUGUAAACCUGAAUACACAUUUACUCGUCUUGAUGUACCAUUUCGUGAAAAACCAUUUUCAGUUGGGUUUAAUUUUCGUUAUACUUCUACUUGGAAACAAAAUGAAGAACAUUUUCGUACAUUAACGAAAGCUUAUGGUCUUCGUUUUAUAAUUACUGUUAGUGGCAACGCUGGAAAAUUUAACUUUAUUACGUUAACUUUAAAUAUUGGUUCAUUAAUUGGAAUAUUUGGUAUAGCGACAUUCGUUUCCGAUGUUAUCGUAUUGUAUAUAUCAAAAAAGGCAGGUGUUUAUCGUAAUUACGUCUUUGAAAAAGUUCACUUGAAACCAAAAUUCGAUGAGGUGAAAGACCAUGUAGAACUUCAGGUUGAAAAAAAUGAGGAUCAAUUGUUAAAUGACGCAUCAAAUAUGAAUACAUAA